AUGAAGUUAUUGAACUUCCUUCGAUCUCUGAAAUCUCGUUCAUGUCGGGAGAUCAUCCCAGAGACCGGCGCGGUGCCCAUCGACGAAGUGGACUUCGAGAUGUUGGAGGAGGCCGCGCAGGUGGAGGGAGAUUCACCAACGACACAUUUUCCAAAGACUCGCAAGAGGACAUCAUCCAAUGGCGAGUCUGUGGCACAAGUGGCCGCCAACAUGGGCAAUGAACCAGCGUAUGUGGUGCCGACCACACCUUCGCCAUUCUUGCAGUCAUCCUUCCCGCCACAGGCCGACUUCAAUGGCUAUGGCUACAUGCCAGAGAUGGGUUUACCUCCUGCCUACGAUGGCGAGGAGAAUGGUGAGAUGGACUACUCUGAACUGGCCAUGAACGGUGGUUUCCAGGGAAUGGCCUUCAUGACCCCAGAGAUGUGCCAAGAAAACUACAUGCAGAGCAUGUUUAUGCCUUUCUGGCAGAUGGGGAUGGAUGGAUCGAUGGCCAUGGACGGGCAAACCAUCAUGAGUCCGGAGUUUCAACAGGAGCUGCAGCGUGCGGCAGAGAUGCAGACAGCCGAGAUGCAGGCAGGGAGACCGGAUUCUCAGGAAGCAGAACUGGAACAGGAUUACGUAGAGCAAGUUCAGGAACACCUCGCCCAGAUCACCGAGCUGAGGAGGGAGGAGGAAGCCGCUGAGAAGGCCACCACGCCAGAGAAGGAGCACCGCGAGAUGCGCAACGGCAAGGACCGCGACCGCGACCGCGAGCACCGCGACCGCGACCGCGACCGGAACGAGCACGGCUGGUCCAACAGCAACGAGGCUCAGCCGGCAACCAAUGGAGAGAGGCGAAAGAGUUGGGAGCAUGACAACUCGAAAUGGAACGACUGGCAGAACUCCUGGGACUGGCGAGACAGUUCGUGGCAGGACUCAGGAAAGCGUGAAUGGCGCGAAGAUUGGGACUGGCCAACCUGGGAAGACACCAGAAAGGAGGAGAAGAGAAAAGGCAAAGGAAAGGGCAAGGCAGAGAAAGGCACAGGAAAAGAAGAUAGGGCAAGAGGUGAACGGGAGGCGUCCAAAGAGAAGGUUGAGAGCAAAGCAGGCGAAUCUUCCAAGGAGAAGAAGACGCCGGCCAUUCCCUACGAACGCCCCGAGGGUAACGAGCCGUACACGACGGUCAUGCUUCGAAAUAUCCCCAACAAGUACACCAGAGAGAUGUUGAUCAAGCAGCUGAGCCUCGAAUUUUCGGGCGAGUUUGACUUCAUGUACCUCCCCAUUGACUUCAAGAACAAGUGCAAUGUCGGGUACGGCUUCAUUAACUUCCGCACACAGGAUGUCUGUGAGAGGUUCAUUGGACAGUUCCACGGCGUGGACGUGCGAAAAUGUCUACCGGGCCUCAACUCCAAAAAGAUCGUCGAGGUGACGCCCGCAAGGGUCCAGGGCCUCACUGAGAAUGUUCGACGGUUGAAGAACAGCCCGGUGAUGAAUCAGCUGCAAGAUCAUCCCGAGUGGAUGCCAUUGCUAUUUGAUGAGGAUGGCAUCGACCAACCAUUUCCCAUGCCCGACCAGCCACUGCCACCGGUGAAGCCUCGUGGCCGAAAUCGGGAGGGGCAUCGUGGCAGCGUCAGUAGCAGAGAUGGCGAUCUCAGGCUGUUGUCAGGCCGCUGGCUUUCUCCUUCCAUGGCGGACCUCAACGGCAGCUCCAGCCUGCCCGCUGCGUGGCAACGCCUGGCCGAGGAGGCCUUGGCGGAAGCGGCCUCGGAACGGACCUGGACUGCCUGGAGCAGCGAGGGCGAUGUGCAGGUGAGCACCACCACAAUCCCUGGACAUUCGCUGCCCAUGUUCCGUGGAUGGAUGCGACCGACGAUCCCCGUCGAGAUGGCGGAUGUGGUCAGAGUGCUGGUGUCGGAUUCCUGCCGUCGCUUCUGGGACCCUUCCUAUGCCGAGAGCCACUUGAUCUACGAUGGCAACGGACUUCACCAGCAAGGUGAAGAGGCCAAUCUGCGCAGCCGAUGGGCUGUGCUUUGUACACAGCAGAAGGCAUCACCUGUCGCAAGCGCAUCUGUUUGGGUCCAUGUCUCCACGUGCCGCUGCAGCGAGGAGCGUUUCACAUAUGUGGCCAGCGGUCUCCCUGAGGAGCAUAUGGAGGAUCCCUUGGUGGCGCGACACCUUGCAACCAUCGACCGCACGCGCAUGCGGACGCAACUCUGGGCCAUGGAUAUCGUGAAGGUCGCAUCCCGUUGGGAGGUGUCGUUUACCCUGCACACGGAAGCGACUUCUUUUCGCCUGCCGAAUUUCAUGCUUCUGGGCUGUCCGGAUGCCUUGGAGUUGAAGCAGAUCUUGGCAUCUUGGGUCGCUCUUUGUGUGACAUCCCUGUGGCGCAUGGCCGCCUCCAAGGUGGCUCCCAAGGGCCCUGUCUCCGUGGUGGACAGCGAGGACCUCGGCAACGACGGAGACGACGGAGACGUCGUUACCGUCGUUACCGUGGCAGGGAUGCCACUGACCUUUGCAAAACCGCUGAUUCUGUCGCUAGUGACGUGAUUUGGGAUGAUUUUUGGAUUCUGAGGAUGAUUUGUGCAAUUUGAGACCUGAGAGCCAUCAUGAGCCAUCAAAAAGAAUGGCCAACCUGGAGGUGGACUGGCUAUUUGCGUCCUUGGGAAACCAGUCAACUGCUCGGACAUGGUGCCAUCAUUGAUCGACAUUUGGAGCUAUAGGUCCAACGAUAGUUCUGAGGGGCAACUGGUGAUCGUUGCCACUGCGUAGAUCAACCUUUGCAGCUCUUUCGGAAGAGUGUUGACAUCCUGGAUACAUGCUGGAAUUCUCAAGAGAUUCUUUCUGAAAGUUGUGCUCGAAGAGAGUAUGAAUUGCCUUUGGAAUGGUUGCCUUUGAGAUCUGCUCAGACGUGGCUGUCUGGGACAGCUAUGGCAGCUAUGGACAGCUGAUUCUGCACCAGAAAAAGCGGCAGCUCUUC